GUCUCUCCCAUUAGCGUACGAAUUUUCCAACCGGCAAGUUCCAAUCGGCACAGUGCUGUGACUUGAAACAUUUUUACUUGCAGCACCGUAAAAGAAAACGUAUUUUCCAAGGAAAAUGGCGGACAGCAGCCCGGAAACCAUGGGCGAAACGAUGGAAAGUGAUUAUUCUUCCUCCGAAGACCAAACAACACAAAUCGUAAAGCAGAAGAUGAUGGGCCAAGUACAGCAACUGGUCGAGCAGAAUAAGUACACUGCGCUGAUCCAAGUCAUCGAGCUGAGUACUCAGCACGUAAACCAGCGAAAAGAAAUUGCAAAGCUGCAACAGCACAUCAAGAAAGUGCUGGAGCAAAGAGGGCAAACCAAAAGCGAUCUAAUCGUGCAACACAAUUUUAAAACGAAUGUGCAAAGCAUUGAGGACUUGAAACAUGCCACUUCCAUUCGGCUGCGCGAAAAAUUGGAAGCAAUCAAUGCCCACAUAAAGUCGAACGACGCGAUGCGCUCGCACCUGAAGGAAGAUGACGCGGUGGCACGCACAGAAAUGGAAGAAAUCAAGAAGCUUUUGAACGAGUUAACUGAGAAGGCAAACGUCCUUCAGCGUGCGCUCAAGAAAGGGGAAGGCCACUUGAAAACCCUGAAACAACAGCUACAUAGCGCCGCUGCAGAAAAAGAUAAUCUUCAGCAAGAUUGUCAUGCCAAGGAGCGUGAAAUGCAUAAUAUUUCCUCGCACAAUGCCGAAAUUAUGCAGCAAAUCCAGAACGAGCUGAUGGACAAAGAAAGCAGUGUCAAACAGCGCACCGAAGAGCUGAAGCGAGAGCAACAAACCCAGACCAAACAAGCGAACGCUUACGAGCAACUUCAAUCCGAGCUGAACGCAAUGCGAAACAAUGUCGAACAGCUGAAGCAAACUGUUGACAGUGAACUGCUGAAGGAAAAGGAAGUCUUUCGCAGGGAGAUCGCUUUUUCGGAGAAAUCUUUCGAAGAGAUGAAAAUGAAGAACGAAAGCAUGAUUGCACAAAUGACAAACUCCAUUACGGAUUUAGUUGCACAAACAAAAAAAUCCGAAGAACGUAUCAAUGAGCAGCGUAACAGACAAAAUGAGCUGUGUAACAAUUUGCGAUACUUGCAAGAACAAAACAGCAAGCUGAAGCAGGAGCAGGAAAACUACAACCGCAACAAGCUACAAGAAAUGGAGUUCGCUCGACUGAAGGAAUCGAUUAAAGCAUCCAAAACCAGUGGCAAUGAGGUUGCCUCGAAAAAAUCUGCGUUUAUUAUGCGACCGAAAAGACAAGUAUACAUUAACGAAUCGAAAAACAAUAAAAAAGUUACAGCUAAAAAGAACCCGCCGACAGAUAGCGAGCAGCCAUCCAGUGCAUUCGACGAAUCUAUAUGCUUCGACGGAAAAUUGUAGGUGGAAGACUUCGACAAUUCGGUGCAUCUUACAUAAUACUUAAUAUCGUUUCUUUACCUAUCCUACCAUUACGUACACUGAUGAGUGUAUGUUCGUAUUGGCCAUACUAAAUAAUAUUGUAUCUAUCACUUAUGUUGAAAACUAUUUGAAAUGCAGCUCAAUAAAUAAGUCAUUGUCGAAAGCCUG